CGUGUGUGGCAAGGCCUGGCAGAAGCCAAGCCUGCUGGACAGCCACCGGCGGGUUCACACGGGAGAACGUCCUUUCGACUGCUCCGAUUGUGGCAACAGCUUCACCAGCUACAGCAGUCUGCGGCGGCACAACCGCGUGCACUCCGGAGAGAGACCCUUCACCUGCUCCGACUGCGGCAAGAGUUUCAAGACAGCGCAGGUCCUGAAGCUCCACCGGCAGGUGCACACGGGCGAGAGGCCCUAUGGCUGCUCCACCUGCGGCAAGAGCUUUUCCGGUUGUCGGGGCUGCGGCAGCACCGGCGGGUGCACAGCAGUGAGCGGCCCUUCACCUGCUCCGACUGCGGGAAAGGCUUCAAGUCGUCGCCAGAGGUGAAGCGGCACAGCCGCGUGCACACCGGGGAGCGGCCCUACACCUGCAGCCACUGCGGCAAGGGCUUCACCCAGUCCAGCAAGCUGCUGGAGCACCAGCGCAUCCACACCGGGGAGCGCCCCUACACUUGCAUCAAAUGCAGCAAGGGAUUCACCCACUACAGCAGCUUGCUGGAGCACCAGCGCAUCCAUACCGGGGAGCGCCCCUACACUUGCAACAACUGCGGCAAGGGCUUCACCCACUCCAGCAACCUGCAGGAGCAUCAGCGCACCCACAGCGGCGAGCGCCCCUACACCUGUGCCCAGUGCGGUAAGGGCUUCACCAGCUCCACCAGGCUGCUGUCCCACCAGCGCACCCACACCGGCGAGCGCCCCUACACCUGCAACAACUGUGGCAAGGGCUUCACCCACUCCAGCAACCUGCUGGUGCACCAGCGCACCCACACCGGCGAGCGCCCCUACACCUGUGCCCAGUGCGGCAAGGGCUUCACCAGCUCCUACAGGCUGCUGUCCCACCAGCAGGUGCAUGCCGGCGACCGUCGCAUCCCCAGCCCAGUGUGUGGAGAGCUCUUUGCCAUGGCCUCCCACGCCUUGUCUCAUCAGCGCGUGCAUACCAGUGGCCUGCCCUACGACUGUCUGUACAGCGGUGAGGCAUUUCACAGCUCGCAAGGGUUGCAGCAGCACCAGUGGGCUCACACCAGCAAGCAGCUGCUCCCACUGCGGCAAGAGGUUCAAGAGAGCAUGGGGGCUGCGGGAGAACCAGCGGAUACACACCAGAGAGAGACCCUUUCAGUUCACCGAGUGUGGCAAGGGUUUCACCCGCAUGUCCAGCCUGUGGCAGCACCGGCAUACCCAUAGCGGUGAGAGUCCCUUCCCCUGCCUGUCCUGUGGUAAGGGCUUCACCCGCCUUGACCACCUGCUGGAGCACCGGCGAGUCCACACCGGCCAGCGCUCCUUUACCUGCCCGCUCUGGGGCAGUGCCUUUGCCCGCUCCUCCAGCCUGCUGGCACACCACGACGUGGAUAGACGCUGUUUAGGUAGACACAAAAUGCUGGAAGGAAUGGGUAAUGUUUCAGGUCGAGACCCUAUUCAGUCUCGACCCGAAAUGUCACCCAUUCCUUCUCUCCAGAGAUGCUGCCUGUCCCGCUGAGUUACUCCAGCAUUUUGUGUCAUUUUUUGUAAACCAGCAUCUGCAGUUCCAUGUUUUUAAACCAUUUUGGAAAACCACUCUGCACCUUCCCCAAAGCCUCCACAUCAGUCCUGUAAUGAGAUAGGUUGAAUAAGUUAGGUCUUUAUUCUCUGGAGCGCAGAAGGUUAAGGGGGGACUUGAUAGAGGUCUUUAAAAUUAUGAGAGAGAUAGACAGAGUUGAUGUGGACAAGCUUUUCCCUUUGAAAAUAGGGAAGAUUCAAACAAGAGGACAUGACUUCAGAAUUAAGGGACAGAAGUUUAGGGGUAACAUGAGGGGGAACUUCUUUACUCAGAGAGUGGUAGCGGUGUGGAAUGAGCUUCCAGUGGAAGUGGUGGAGGCAGGUUCGUUGGUAUCAUUUAAAAAUAAAUUGGAUAGGCAUAUGGAUGAGAAGAGAAUGGAGGGUUAUGGUAUGAGUGCAGGCAGGUGGGACUAAGAGAAAAAAAGUUGUUCGGCACGGACUUGUAGGGCCGAGAUGGCCUGUUUCCGUGCUGUAAUUGUUAUAUGGUUAUAUAAUGGAGUGACCAGAACUGUGUGCAAUACUCCAAAUGCUACCUGAUCAAUGUCCCUUAAAGCCCCACUUAUACAUUACUUGUACCCAAAUUCUCACCACAGUCUUUCUUCAUAUGAAAGUCCUGCCAUCCCAGGAAUCAGUCUGGUGAACCUUCUCUGUACUCUCUCUAUGGCAAGAAUGUCUUUCCUCAGAUUAGGAGACCAAAACUACGCAAUACUCCAGGUGUGGUCUCACCAAGUACAACUGCAGUAGAACCUCCCUGACAGAAAUAUAGAGCUUCCCCCCUCACCACGUCUACUCCGUCCCUCUCCCACACCCCCUCUCCCACACCCCCUUUCUCACACACACACACUCCCCGUCUCUCGUUCUCUCACACACACUCCAUAUAACCAUAUACGAAUUACAGCACGGAAACAGGCCAUCUCGGCCCUACAAGUCCGUGCCGAACAAUUCUCACGCACAUACACACUCCCUCUCUCACACACGCCCUCUCUCUCUUGCUCUCCAUCUCACACACUCCCCCUCUCUCAUACACACACUCUCUCUCUCUCUCUCACACACACUCCCUCUCUCUGCCUCACACACCCUCUCUCUCUGUCACACACACUCCCUCGCUUCUCUCACACUGGCACUCUCUCGCUCCUUUUAUCUAAACUAGGUGUGCAUUUCACCUUACACUUGUCCUAGGUCCGCCAAGGCCUGCUGAAUCUCCUGCCAGCCAACCAUUCCCACUCCCACACUGAUCUUUCUGUCCUGGGCCUCCUGCAUUGCCAGAAUGAGGUGACGCACAAACUGGAGGAACAGCAGUGUCCAGACCCGACACGUCGCCUGUCCAUUCCCCUCCGAAGUGCCGGUAUAACUCAACAAGUCAGCCAUCCUUAGUGGGAAACGGAUGGAGAAGUGUUCCUAACAUAAGCCCUCCUUGGUCCAGUCAAGGAGCAGACAGUCAGCAGUACCAGCAUCUUCUCAUUCAUACUGUAUCCAAGUGAAAAUGCAAAAGUAAGCCAAGCUGCACACAGCCGACAGCUCACAGUGCCAGCUGGCUGCCACUGGCCCAAAAACUUAAAGGCUUUUUAAAGUGUUUUUUUUUUAAAGAAAGUCUUGACACAUUUGUGCAUUACGUAACAAAUAUAGCUAGUUUUUUCCUGACCUCACUGUGUUCUUUGGAAUUCUUCAGAAUUCAUGUUGUGCUAUCAAUAAUGAAAGAAAAUGCCAACCAUCUCCAGAAAUGAUGAGAAAUUAUUCUCGCCUCCAUGCAUAUCUGUAGCGGUAGGACAUUCAGACACCUCCCCAGUUCCUGUGAAAAAGUUAACUGAAAAAGAUAGACAAAGUACAAAUUCUUAAGACCAUACAAAGCUUUACUUUAAUGUCUGACGGUGUAGACUUAGAGACCCAGAGGCAACAGUUUUACAUCUGAAUCUCCAGCAGCGCACACACAGAAUACCAGAAAACGCGAGUUUAUAUACGUACAGAAAUAAAACCAAUUGCAUGAUGUAAUGUACAAACACCAUCAGCCACCUCCAAAUAUGGAGUUGUUUUUCACUCUUUGCUGAGGAAGUACUGACAAAGUACAAAGAAGAGGAAGUACUGACACUUUUGAGAAAUAUAAAAGUGGAUAAGUCUCCAGGUCCGGACAGGAUAUUCCCUAGGACAUUGAGGGAAGUUACUGUAGAAAUAGCAGGGGCUAUGACAGAUAUAUUUCAAAUGUCAUUAGAAACGGGAAUAGUGCCGGAGGAUUGGCGUACUGCGCAUGUUGUUCCAUUGUUUAAAAAGGCGUCAAAGAGUAAACCUAGCAAUUAUAGACCUGUUAGUUUGACGUCAGUGGUGGGCAAAUUAAUGGAAAGGAUACUUAGAGAUAAUAUAUAUAAGCAUCUGGAUAAACAGGGUCUGAUUAGGAACAGUCAACAUGGAUUUGUGCCUGGAAGGGGCUUUUUGAAGAGGUUACUCGGGAAAUUGAUGAGGGUAAAGCAGUGGAUGUUGUAUACAUGGAUUUCAGUAAGACCUUUGACAAGGUUCCUCACGGAAGGUUGGUUAAGAAGGUUCAAUGGUUGGGGAUUAAUGGAGGAGUAGCAAGAUGGAUUCAACAAUGGCUGAAUGGGAGAUGCCAGAGAGUAAUGGUGGAUGGCUGUUUGUCGGGUUGGAGGCAGGUGACUAGUGGGGUGCCUCAGGGAUCUGUGUUGGGUCCACUGUUGUUUGUCAUGUACAUCAAUGAUCUGGAUGAUGAUAAAUUGGAUUAGUAAGUAUGCAGAUAAUACUAAGAUAGGUGGGGUUGUGGAUAAUGAAGUAGAUUUCCAAAGUCUACAGAGAGAUUUAUGCCAGUUGGAAGAGUGGGCUGAAAGAUGGCAGAUGGAGUUUAAUGCUGAUAAGUGUGAGGUGCUACAUCUUGGCAGGACAAAUCAAAAUAGGACGUACAUGGUAAAUGGUAGGGAAUUGAAGAAUGCAGGUGAACAGAGGGAUCUGGGAAUAACUGUGCACAGUUCCCUGAAAGUGGAAUCUCAUGUAGAUAGGGUGGUAAAGAAAGCUUUUGGUGUGCUGGCCUUUAUAAAUCAGAGCAUUGAGUAUAGAAGUUGGGAUGUAAUGUUAAAAUUGUACAAGGCAUUGGUGAGGCCAAUUUUGGAGUAUGGUGUACAAUUUUGGUCGCCUAAUUAUAGGAAGGAUGUCAACAAAAUAGAGAGAGUACAGAGGAGAUUUACUAGAAUGUUGCCUGGGUUUCAGCAACUAAGUUACAGAGAAAGGUUGAACAUGUUAUGGCUUUAUUCUUUGGAGCGCAGAAGGUUAAGGGGGGACUUGAUAGAGGUCUUUAAAAUGAUGAGAGGGAUAGACAGAGUUGACGUGGAUAAGCUUUUCCCACUGAGAGUAGGGAAGAUUCAAACAAGGGGACAUGACUUGAGAAUUAAGGGACAUAAGUUUACGGGUAACAUGAGGGGGAACUUCUUUACUCAGAGAGUGGUGGCUGUGUGGAAUGAGCUUCCAGUGAAGGUGGUGGGGGCAGGUUCGUUUUUAUCAUUUAAAAAUAAAUUGGAUAGUUAUAUGGACGGGAAAGGUAUUGGUAAAGGUUAUGUUCUGAAUGCAGGUGUAUGGGACUAGGGGAGAAUACGUGUUCGGCACGGACUAGAAGGGUCGAGAUGGCCUGUUUCCAUGCUGUAAUUGUUAUAUGGUUAUAUUGCCAAAAGCCAGUUACCCCAAUGGCAUCCUCUGGGCCCCUUCUUAUCUGAUUAACCUCUUCAAUUACAUAAAGAAGAGGUUAUAGACAGAGUCCUUGCAAGAGAGCUGCAAACUAUUCAACUUAAGUUUAAAAAAACCCUUGUCACAAUGGGAGUUUUGCAAAUCCCAUCAUGCACUACAAUUGGCCUUUUACCACAGGAAAGCUUAAAUAUGACAACAAUCAAUUAAUAACUAACUCAUUCCUCCCUUUUUUAUCAUAUACAUGAUAACACUACAGUCCUUGGUUAGUACAUAGUAAAGGUUUCAGACAUUUCAGUACAUAGAUUAAUAUAAUGAUCAGCAGUACAAUAGAUCCAUAAUGUAUUACCAUUCCCCAUAUUCCUCCGAACAUGCUAAAUGGCCAUUGUCCACCUUUAUUAAAGUUAUGCAUUUCCUCCCCUACCUCUGUAAUCGUCUUUAUUUCUGCAGUAAUAUGUGCUGCUAAAUCUGUAAUGUUAGAAGAUUCAUCAGGCGUGUAAGUGCAGCAUUCACACCCUAUAAUAGCACAAGUCCUUCCUGUUAUCCUAUAGGGAUAUACGACAAAGUGCAUCCAUUUCAGCCAUAAUGGAUGAAAGGGCCUUUUACUUGUAGGUAAAGAUGUCCACCAUUUAAUUAAAUAAUUUAUCCAAUCCAGGGGACAUAUUAAUCAAUUCCCGUGAUAGACAGGCUGUCCCCAUACAGUGGGGAAAGCAAUCAUCCAGAAUUGCUCUGACUCUGAUAUACUUCAUUUCGCCCUCAUCGGGAAUAUACAAUUCAGUUAGAUGUUACACAGUUCUCACGUGAGGGACAACAAAUAACAACAUCUCAUUCAGUUAUAGGUUGACCUAAUCAACCUUUCCCAGUUCUUCUCAUCCCCAGAAUCCACAUACAAAAUACGUCCCAUGUAUUGGACUCAGCGGCCAUUUGCACUAACCUUGGUGCAGGUGCUGUUCCUCAAGUAUACUCCGUUGCUUCUUCUGUCACAACAACAGGUAGUAUUAACUGGGCUCUGGGACAAUUCACUAAUUUAAGCCAUGGUAUUUCCCAAACCCUGGUCUCAUUUACCUUCCAUCCUCUUAAAAAGAGGCCACAUACCAUUCUUUAAAUAUGGGUCUGCCAUUCUGAAGGCAUCCAUUAGUUGCUUUUUUAUUGCAAAACCAGUGCAAGGCCAGAAUUUCAGUAAGGUUAAGGGGUAUUGUUACGAGGGGUAUUCCUUCUCCACCAUUAUAUGGGAUGUGCGUACACAACCAGCAUACAUUUAUUAUUACAAAGGGAAAAUUCAAAACUCAUACACGAAAACAGAUUAUUUCCCCAAGUCCAAUCCAUAAGGGCCAACUCCAGAAUAUAAGAGAGGGUCAAUAGCCCCACUAUCCUUUCUUGGUUCUCCGAACUGUUUAAAGUCACGCACUGCCAGAACAGCCUUUACCCAUCAGCAAUCUUGGAACUGAACUCUGUCUCGGGAGCGGGUUAUGGGGAACGAGGGGGGGUGGCAGACAGUGUUAAUUUAUGUAAAUGUGAAUCCAUGGGUGGGUUUGGGGAGGGAGGGAGUGUAAAAAGUAUGAGUAUGUGAAUGUUUGAAGUUCUUUUAAAUGGAGAGACACAGUAAUCUCGUAUGUGACAUGCAAUGACAAUAAAGCAUUCUGAUUAAUCCAACAUGGUGAACUUCAAUCUUCUUGGCGGUUGAUGUUGUUGAUACCACUUGGUACAGUUCUGUUCACCACAGAUUCAAUUCCUUCCGUCCCAAUGCCUUAUCAGUAUGUAGUCUGACUGUAUGAACUCGUCCCUGUGUUCAACUGGUGGUGGUCUCUGCGCUUCCUGUACCUUAGAAUGCAGACCUGGCAAGGCAUGGGUUCAUUACUGUGUAUAAUAAUUAGUUAAUCAUUGAGGGCCUGUCGGUGAAAUUCCACACUUGAGUCGCACCACCAGUGGGUACGUAGCCUGUGGUCACCCUCAGUUCAUAGCAGCCUUCCCACAGCUUGCAGUCACCCAGCCCUGCGUCACCUGCAAAUCUGCCAAUGCCACCAUUGCCAUCACAUUGCGUUACAUCGGCAUGCUCGGUUUCUCGCAGAUCUGAUGGCUAUCAAUGUCCCAAGAUAGGCGAACAAUAACGACAUGUCCAGCACAAUCUAUCCUAGAAAGGGAUUUCUUAAAAGAAAGAAGUUAACGCUUUAUCUUUUAGGCACCAUAUUGACAAUCUUACUGUGGUGAAUGUGAACCCACACAUGUCUCCCCUCCACCUUUUCUGCGGUAGGGGUUGUUAGAAGGACCUGGUAUGCCUUUCCCACUGAAUGUCCAGUCUCUUCCUCAUCCAAUUCCUGAUUAUUACACAAGUACCCGGUUCAAUUUUAGAAAUAGUGGUUCUAUUGUACAUCCUUCAAUGCCUUAACGAUAAAAUAUAAUUAGUCAUUUCCAUUGUCAUGUGAUGAAAAUGAACAGCCUUUGGAGUAUUCUGGUUCCAUGUUGCCCCCAGUGGAUGGUCAUACAAAAUCUCUGCUGAAUUCCUUUUAUUGUCAUUCAAACAAUUCAAAUAAACAAAAGUUUGAACAAUUUUUCGUUCCCUGCAGUCAUAACAGCAAAAACAAAACACACAGUUCCACACAACAUCCAGCACAGUGAAUCUCCAAACACCUCCUUACUGUGAUGGAAGGCAAAAGUCCUAUCCCAGAAAGCCUGUCCAAAGAGAAAUACAAGUCACAUGAUCUUGUGAAGUAUCUCAGCAAGCAGUGUAAUAGCAAUUAGCUCUUUCAUGCCUUGUGAUUCAUUUUGGCCAAAUAUUCCACACAAAACAAUUAAAUUCUCACAAAAAAUUUGCACAUCAAAAUAAUGUCCACAGUAGACCUACACAAAACUCAGUAUUUAGAACCACAGAAGUAAACAAUGCAAAAAAAAAAAAUUGAUUUAAAUACUCCAAAUCUGAAGAAUCUGAGUGUUCCCCUUUAAUUGACAGCACUGAACCGCAUUGGAAUUCUCA